ACGCUUGACAGUUCUUCAUAAACACAAAAGCGUAAACUCGAGUUUAUGGCGCAAUGUGACCAUAAUUUAGACAAAUAUCUUUUACUAAAUAUUUUAUAUCGAAAAUUUGCAUAAAAUAUAAAUUUAUUGGACGUUGCAGCUCUGCAGAUCUUGAAUUCAAACACAAACUUGGCAGCACUUUGGGAGAAACUGACAACUUAAAUUUACGUUCUCUGGAUGUCACUUUUGACAUUUGCGUUCAUUUUGAAAUUUACAAACGGAAAAGCAAAAAGCGCGAUAGUCCGCGAUUUUGCUUGCAAACAUUUAAUUAAGCUCUUAAUUAAUUCCAGAAUCCCAAGAGUUUAUAGUUUUAAAAGUAUUUCAAGAUGCAAAAACUACAAAAGAAACCCCCGAAUAGAACUGAUUUAGCUAAGAUGAUAAAAGAAGUGCCUGAAGAAUACCAACAACACAUUCAGUCAAUGUCGCUUAAAAUGAUGCAGCACCCCGCAUAUGGACACCCUUACGAGUGGAGUACCAGAGAUUUUGAGAUGGGCGCUCCCUUAGGACGUGGAAAAUUCGGGCGCGUCUACCUAGCUCGCGAACGCACUUCUAAUUAUAUAGUAGCUAUGAAGGUAAUGUUUAAAGCUGAACUUGAGAAGGGAAAUGUACAGCGACAAGUUUUGAGGGAAAUUGAAAUACAAACUCGACUGAAGCACCCAAACAUUUUGCGUUUACUCACAUGGUUUCAUGAUGAAAGUCGAAUUUAUCUUGCAUUAGAAAUUGCAUCGGAAGGAGAAUUGUACAAACAUUUACGCAAUUCCCCACAUCGACGUUUUGAGGAACAACGCGCCGCUAAGUAUACAUACCAAGUGGCUGAUGCACUUGAAUAUUGUCAUUUGAAUAAUGUAAUACACCGUGAUUUGAAGCCAGAAAAUAUAUUGCUGACAUCUUCAGAUGAUGUCAAAUUAGCUGAUUUUGGUUGGUCGGCACACACACUAUCUAACAAACGUAAGACUCUGUGCGGCACUUUAGAUUAUUUGCCACCAGAAAUGGUGGAUGGUCAUAUAUACGAUCACACCGUCGACCAGUGGUGCUUAGGUAUUUUAUGUUAUGAAUUUUUGGUGGGUUGUGCACCCUUCGAAUCGAAUGAUAAUGAGAAAACUUACGAAAAAAUUAGACGACUGGAAGUUCAUUAUCCUAAUCAUUUGAGUGCUGGAGCUAAAGAUCUUAUUUCUAAGUUGUUGCGUAAAUCGAAUAAUGGCCGCAUAACUCUCGUAGAGGUAAUGAAACAUCCAUGGGUUAAGGUGAACAUGGCUAAACGGAACGCAUAUGUAGCGGAGAAAUUGAAGCGUGAGAAGGCUCUUGAGUACUUACUUAGUUUUUGAAACACAUUUAUAUGUAUACUUUUUAAUUUAAUAUGCCGUUUUCUAAUAAUAUUGAUCAUACAUUUAAAAAAAGCCGUUUACUUAAUCGAUGAAGAUUGUCGAGGUUUGAGUUUCUAGGUUCGGAGUAACCCAAGCCAAUAAUAGAGGAAACAAUUUC